AUGUCAAGAGCGUCAAUUAGAAAGACUUGUGAAGCACUUGUUGAAAGAUUAAAAAACUCUGAUAAUGUUCUUACUAAUUGUGAUAAAUCCUCCCUUUACUUGCUUCAGGAGUGUUUAAAUACAGUUUGUCAGGUCAAUUCUGACGGGAUGUUAUCGGUAUUACUGAAAGCAACAGCACUUGUUGAUUAUGCUACUGAAAAAUUACACUCGUAUCCAUACAAGGAUGUACCUCUUUGUUGGAGACGUUUAUAUACUGAUGCGAGUCUCAUAAAAAGCUUAUGUGAAAUUUUCGUAACAUUGAAAAAGGAGAACGAAAUAGAAUCAUGGAAACAAAUCAUUAAAACUUUAGACAUGGCAUUGAUUAUGACGGGGGCACCCGGAAUUGAUAGAAAAGAAAUGAUUUUCAAUCUAAUUGGGGAAGUGGAAAAGAUCAUGAAGGACAUUGAAUAUGAAAAAGAUUUUAUUACUUUAGCUGAAUUUCCGAUGAAACGUCAAAUUGAUAAAGAUGUUGAAAAGUUUGAGAAACGCGUAAAGUUAGAAAAUAAAGUUGAAAAUAUGCCAAUUAUAAGAUUUCCCAUAUCAAAAAUGUCAUCUCCUAGUCUAGUUGCAUUUGCUUCACAUAUUAACACACCGAAUCCCACACCUUUUAUACUUACCUUUUGUAUUUCACACUGGCCAGCACUUUCAACCAACCCUUGGGCGGAUCUUGAUUAUCUUUUGAGCGUUACAGGAAAAGGAAGGAUCGUUCCGGUUGAAAUUGGUGCAAAAUAUACGGAUGACUCAUGGUCACAGAAAUUGAUGAAAUUUGAAGAAUUUGUGGAGAAUCGGGUCAAAAACCCAAUUAAGGAUGAGGGAAUUGCUUAUCUAGCUCAACAUGAUUUGUUCGCACAGAUUCCACGCCUUAAAGAAGAUAUAUCAAUUCCUGACUAUUGCUUUGUUGAUACUAAACCUUAUCUUGUAUCAUCAAAUAACAUUCAAUACAAUCCUCCUCCAGACGUCAUUAUAAAUGCAUGGUUUGGUCCCCGAGGAACGAUUUCUCCCAUGCAUACUGAUCCAUAUAAUAAUCUUCUGGCUCAAGUAGUUGGACAGAAAUAUAUUAGAUUAUAUGCGCCUUUUGAAACUUCUAAAGUAUAUCCUUUUGAACAAGGUAGUUUUUUAGGAAAUACCAGUCAGGUUAAUAUUGAAACUCCAGAUUUAGAACGUUUCCCACUUUUUGCUUCUGCUAAUUAUUUGGAAUGCGUUCUGGAACCAGGAGAUUUGUUGUAUAUUCCAGUGAGUUAA